AUGGAGAGCCUGCUGGAGAAUCCGGUGCGCGCUGUGCUCUACCUCAAGGAGCUCACGGCCAUCGUGCAGAACCAGCAGAGUCUCAUCCACACCCAGCGCCAGCGCAUCGACGAGCUGGAGCGGCGUCUGGACGAGCUAAGCGCCGAGAACCGCAGCCUGUGGGAGCACCAGCAGCUGCUGCAAGCGCAGCCUCCGCCUGGGCUCGUCCCCCCAUCGUCAGCCCCGUUGCCGGCUCCUCCGGCCACCGCUCCCGCCGCGGCCCAGGAACCGCUCCAGAACCACGGACAGCUCCAAUCCGCCACACCACAGUCCGCGCCCGAGCAGCCACAGCUUCAGCACCACGGACAGCUUCUGGUGCAGCCCCAGGCGGGCCCCAGCAGUAGGGCUCACUCACCCCAAUCACCCCACCAGCACCCGGUGACACUUGGGGCCGUCGCUGACAAGGAGAAGGAGCGUCCCCCGAGUUGUUGCGCUGCCGCCGGAGCCCUCCUUCAGCACAAAUCCCCCGCCGCCCUCGGCAAGGGCGUCCUGAGCAGGAGACCCGAGAAUGAAACCGUGCUGCAUCAAUUCUGCUGCCCAGCCGCUGACGCCGAGCAGAAGCCCUCCUGCUCUGACCUGGCCUCCCAAAGCGAUGGCUCCUGCGCCCAGGCUGGUGGGGGCAUGGAGGACUCCGUGGUGGCAGCGGCGGCGGUGGCAGCCGGCAGACCCAGUGCCCAUGCCCCGAAGGCUCAAGCCCAGGAGCUGCAGGAGGAGGAGGAGCGGCCGGGGGCGGGGGGUGCCUCCCCGAGGGCCGGCCCCCACCGCGUGGCCUCCCCCGGCCAGCAGCAGCCUGCCCUGACAGCGCUCUGUUCCCACGCCCCUGCCGCCUCGGAUUACGAACUCUCCCUUGACCUAAAGAAUAAACAGAUUGAAAUGCUAGAACACAAGUACGGGGGCCAUCUGGUGUCCCGGAGAGCUGCUUGCACCAUCCAAACCGCCUUCCGCCAGUACCAGCUCAGCAAGAACUUCGAAAAGAUCCGCAACUCGCUCCUGGAGAGCCGCCUUCCGCGGCGGAUCUCCCUGCGCAAGGUGCGGGCGCCCACAGCCGAGAGCCUGGCGGCUGAGAAGGCCCUUAUGGAGGGCUACGGCCUCAUGGGGCUGCCGUUAGUGCGCUCACCCUCCCUGCCGCCCACCUUCGCCGGCACGCUCACAGAGUUGGAGGACUCCUUCACUGAGCAGGUGCAGUCUCUGGCCAAGUCCAUCGACGACGCCCUUAACACCUGGAGCCUCAAGACCAUGUGCUCCCUGCAGGAGAGCGGCGCUUACCAGAUUCACCAAGCCCUGCACGCAGGCACCGGGCAGCCCUGUCUGGAGACUGAGAUGCGGGAGCCUGAAAGUGCAGGCGCAGGGCCUGGAGAUGAGGCCAGCGAGGCCACCACCGGCCUGCCCCAGAGCCACAGCGGCACCCUCAUGAUGGCUUUCCGGGACGUCACUGUGCAGAUCGCCAGCCAGAACAUCUCGGUCUCCUCCUCCACCGCUCUGUCUGUGGCCAACUGCCUGGGCGCCCAGUCUGCCCAGGCCAUAGCAGAACCCGCGGCCGGCAAAGCCGAACAGGGUGAGGCCCCUGGGCAGGAGGCCCCGGAGGCCCCCGCUGUGGGUCAGGGGGACGCCUUCUCCCAGGACACGUGCCCAGAAGUGGCAGUCAGUGGAGCCCCCCGGUCAGUGGCUGCGGAGUCGGUAGUGGAGGAGGCUGUGGCCACAGAGGUGGAGGAGGAAGAAGAGGAGACUGGGGAGGCAGGGAAAGGAACAGAGGCCGAGGCGGGUGACAACUCGGAGCAGCUGAGCAGUAGCAGCACAUCCACCAAGUCUGCCAAGUCAGGUUCGGAAGUAUCGGCUUCCGCCUCCAAGGAGGCCCUGCAGGCCAUGAUCCUGAGCCUGCCCCGCUACCACUGCGAGAACCCUGCUAGCUGCAAGUCACCCACGCUGUCCACCGACACGCUGCGCAAGCGCCUCUACCGCAUUGGCCUCAACCUCUUCAACAUAAACCCUGACAAGGGCAUCCAGUUCCUGAUCUCGCGCGGUUUCAUCCCGGACACCCCCAUCGGUGUGGCCCAUUUUCUGCUCCAGCGUAAGGGCCUCAGCCGCCAGAUGAUCGGCGAGUUCCUGGGCAACAGCAAGAAGCAGUUCAACCGCGACGUACUAGACUGUGUGGUGGAUGAGAUGGACUUCUCCAGCAUGGAGCUGGAUGAGGCCCUGCGGAAGUUCCAGGCUCACAUCCGUGUGCAGGGGGAGGCCCAGAAGGUGGAGCGGCUCAUAGAGGCCUUCAGCCAGCGCUACUGCAUGUGCAACCCUGAGGUGGUGCAGCAGUUCCACAACCCUGAUACCAUCUUCAUCCUGGCCUUUGCCAUCAUCCUCCUCAACACCGACAUGUACAGCCCCAACAUUAAGCCUGACCGGAAGAUGAUGCUGGAGGACUUUAUCCGGAACCUGCGAGGUGUGGAUGAUGGUGCUGACAUCCCCAGGGAGCUGGUAGUAGGCAUCUAUGAGAGGAUUCAGCAGAAGGAGCUCAAGUCCAAUGAGGAUCAUGUCACGUAUGUCACCAAGGUGGAGAAGUCCAUUGUGGGCAUGAAGACAGUGCUGUCGGUGCCGCACCGCCGGCUCGUCUGCUGCAGCCGGCUCUUCGAGGUGACCGACGUGAACAAGCUGCAGAAGCAGGCGGCGCAUCAGAGAGAGGUGUUCCUCUUCAACGACCUGCUGGUGAUUCUCAAACUGUGCCCCAAAAAGAAGAGCUCCUCCACAUACACCUUCUGCAAGUCAGUCGGCCUGCUGGGCAUGCAGUUCCACCUCUUUGAGAAUGAGUAUUACUCUCAUGGCAUCACACUUGUGACCCCCGUCUCGGGCUCUGAGAAGAAGCAGAUGCUGCACUUCUGUGCCCUGGGCUCUGAUGAGAUGCAGAAGUUCGUGGAGGACCUGAAGGAGUCCAUCGCUGAGGUGACAGAACUGGAGCAGAUCCGGAUAGAGUGGGAGCUGGAAAAGCAGCAGGGAACAAAGACGCUCUCCUUCAAGCCUGGGGGAGCCCAGGUGGACUCACAGUCGAAGCAAGGAUCGCCUACAGCCAAAAGGGAAGCCGCGCUGGGGGAGAAGCCGGUGGAGAGCUCAGGGGAGGUGUCAAUUCACAACAGGCUUCAAACGUCCCAGCACAACCCCGGGCUGGGGGCCGAGAGGGGAGCACCGCAGCUGCCAGACCUGCAGCCUAGCCCCUUGAGAGAGCAGCCCCCACCGCUGCCACCGCCACCCACGCCCCCAGGCACCCUGGUGCAGUGCCAGCAAAUUGUCAAGGUCAUUGUCCUGGACAAGCCCUGCUUGGCCCGCAUGGAGCCCCUGCUGAGCCAGGCUCUCUCCUGCUACGCCUCAUCCUCUUCUGAUUCCUGUGGCUCCACACCUCUGGGCGGCCCAGGCUCCCCGGUCAAGGUCAUCCACCAGCCUCCACUGCCCCCGCCCCCACCCCCCUACAACCACCCACACCAGUUCUGCCCACCGGGCUCCCUGCUGCAUCGGCGCCGCUAUUCCAGCGGCUCAAGGAGCCUGGUGUAG